AUGUUCGCUGCCAGGCAAGCUUUCUUCCAGGCCCAGCGCCGCUGCUUCUCGGCCUCGGCCCGCCAGAACUCCAAGGUCACCGUCCUCGGCGCCGCUGGUGGUAUUGGUCAGCCAUUGUCUCUGCUGCUCAAGCUCAACCCCAGGGUUAGCAAGCUUUCCCUCUACGACAUCCGUCUAGCUCCCGGUGUCGCUGCCGACAUUGGCCACAUCAACACCAAGAGCGAGGUUACCGGUCAUGAGGCCACUCCCUCAGGUCUCGCCGACGCCCUCAAGGGUGCUGAGAUCGUCGUCAUCCCCGCUGGUGUUCCCCGCAAGCCCGGCAUGACCCGUGAUGACUUGUUCAACACCAACGCCUCCAUUGUCCGCGACUUGGCCAAGGCCUGCGCCGACCACGCCCCCGAGGCCAACAUCUUGAUCAUCUCCAACCCCGUCAACUCCACCGUCCCCAUCACCGCCGAGGUCUUCAAGUCCAAGGGCGUCUACAACCCCAAGCGCCUCUUCGGUGUUACCACCCUCGACGUUGUCCGUGCCUCGCGCUUCAUCUCCCAGCUCAAGAACACCGACCCCGCCACCGAGAACAUCACCGUCAUCGGUGGCCACUCUGGCGCUACCAUCGUUCCCCUCCUCUCCCAGUCUGGCUACAACCUCGAGGGCGAGCAGCUCGCCGAGUACAUCAAGCGCGUCCAGUUCGGUGGUGACGAGGUUGUCCAGGCCAAGGAUGGAGCUGGCUCUGCCACUCUCUCCAUGGCCAUGGCCGGUGCCCGUUUCGCCGAGUCGCUCCUCAAGGCCGCUCAGGGCCAGAAGAACGUCAUCGAGCCCACAUUCGUCGACUCUCCUCUCUUCAAGGACCAGGGCUGCGAGUACUUCUCCACCAACGUCGAGCUCGGCCCCAACGGUGUUGAGAAGAUCCACCCCGUUGGCAAGAUCACCGACCACGAGCAGAAGCUCCUCGACGCCUGCGUCGCUGACCUCGCCAAGAACAUCAAGAAGGGUGUUGAGUGGGUCAAGCAGAACCCAUAA